AUCUGAUCGCCAGGUCCUCCGGGAUCCAGCCAGUCCAUACCGGUCAACAUUUUAUCUAGGUACAGGCCUCACAAGAUUCAUUGGUUCUCCGUCAGUCCACCUGCCUCCGAUUGCAGUCGACGAUGAUCUCGCUGCGGCUGCUCCUCGUCGUCUUGCUUGUCCCUAAUGUCCUAUGUCACGGACUGGCUGAAGACACCUCACUGCACGGUCCAGGCACAACCCAGAAAGUAUGGGAUUCAAAGCAGCAUGCAUAUGGGCACAGCACUGUCUCCAACUCUGCCAUCUUUCGAUUUCAACAUGAGCGAGAGCUUUUUUACGAAUUAGGCGGUAAUCAGUACUUCUCGCCCAAUCUGCCUGUGGCCAGGGCUGCUCUACCCACACCCCUUCAGGAAUACAGUGCCAUUACGAUCAUCGACAGACCGUCCAAUACGAUGAUCUCGCCGGCUGAAUUGCUCAAGAUUGUCAAUUCGUACCUUUCAAGCGACGAUGUCCUCACAGCCUGGUGGCUCGAUACAAUCAUCUUGACGCCAUCCUUAGAUAGUCAGCGGAGAGUAGACCCUGAGGAGCUCUCUCUGAAACAUCAUAAGCUCGCCGAAGCCAAGUUGAAUUCUGGAACCGUCUUCCACCAUCCGGAAAUCCAGCCGACUUCAGUCUCUACCAUGGGCGGCCGUAGAUGGCACCAGCUUGACGAAAAGAUUCCCUCAUCCAUAAGGGGUCUGAAAGGCCCUUACCUCGCCCGAUACGAUGCUGUCUCUGGUUUGUCCGAUCUCUUGCCCGUCUUUAGACUCUACUCGGACACAUUCCGCACAUUCCUCUUCGGCAUGUACCCUACGCAAGGAGGAUACUACAAGCUCCUCCGCAAGGUCGACGAAGAUGGGUAUAAUCUGAUCCCGUUACCUUCCAGACUCUACAAGCAGUGCUUGGAGGACGAUGGUGUCUGUGGGCAGCGCAUCGGUGUCAAAGAUCUCUACGAUAUCAAGGGCGUCAAGACGUCUGCAGGUAGUCGAUCCUGGGGGAAAAUCUAUGGGGCUGCCAAUGUGACCGCGCCUGCCAUCCAGCGACUGAUUGACCUUGGGGGCGUGAUCGUAGGUAAAACCAAGACUGCGAGUUUUGCUGUUGGCUCCGCUCAUGGAGUCAACGACACUGUGGACGAACAAUACCCAUUCUCUGCACGAGGUGAUCUGUGGCAGACCUGCUUGGGAUCGUCUUCGGGAUCGGCAUGUGCCAUGGGAGCGUAUGACUGGCUGGACCUUGCGAUCGGGACGGAUACUGGUGGCUCUGUCAGAGCACCAGCCUCGAUCGUGGGUCUGUACGGUAAUCGGCCGAGCCACGGCGCGUUGAGCUUGGACGCGGUUGUACCAUUGAUCGACAGGCAAGAUACAGCGGGUCUGCUGGCUAGGGAUCCAGUCUUGUUCUCCAAAGGAAUGAAAUCAUGGUACGGCGAAUCCCCGUUGAACUUCACAGAGUUCAAUCAAUGGCCUUCUCGGAUCCUGGUCGAUGACCAAUUUGCGUCGUUCUACGAACCGAAAGCUCUCGCCGUUGUGGAGAAAUUCAUCACACAAUUCGGGUCUCUGCUCGAUAUGAAGGUCUCGAAAUGGAAUGCGACAAAAGCUUUGGCAGCUGCCAACUAUACCUGGGAACAGGUUGAUACAGGCUUCGCUGAUGCCAAGACAUGGGGAUGGUAUACCUGGAAUCAUAAUGGAAAGGGGUUUUACGAAGACUAUAGCGCAUUACACGAUGGCAGGACACCGCCAGUGGACCCUAACAUUCGGCAUAUUUGGCACAUGGCGCGUGAUCAGAACGUGACCGAAGGACAAUACCUAGCUGCGAAAGAUGACAUUGCUCGAUUUGCCUCAUUCAUCAAUGAGGACUUGCUGGGAUACCAUGAGAAGCGUUGUUCCAAGAAUCUGCUGAUCUAUGAUAUCGGGUAUGGCGGCCGACCAAGAUACAGAACUGGCGACUUGGGAAAUACGAACCCGUCGCUCGAAGGAAAGAAAGUUCUGGACACAUUUUGUCCUCUCGCAGGCUGUGUAGAUAUCACGAUACCCAUUGGUCAAAUUCCAAGUAUGAGCGUCAUCUCGGAGCGGGAAGAACUGGUCCCAGUGACAAUCAAUAUGGUUGCCAGGAGAGGUUGCGACUUCAUGCUUGCGAACCUUGUCCAAAAAAUGAGCGAGGUCGGACUGAUUCAGAGCACAAAAACGGGGAGAACAGCGUUCUGAAUGUCCCGGACGCCGACGCCGACAAAGGUUUAGCUCAGGCGUAAUGCAUUACUCGCAGGGCUCAUCU